AUGCUGUCGUCGUGGCAGAAGAAGUUCUUCCAGUCUCCGGAGAACCCCCCAGCUGAGGGUAUUGCCUCUCCUAGGGAUGAUGGAGUGCCGAACCCACAGACAGUCACAUAUCCGGAUACCAAGCACCCUUCUGAAGUCGUCAAUCAUGAUGCAAGGGAAAUGCUGCCAAAUGAGGAGGCCCAAGAUGGCGUCACUCAGGCUGAAGCGAUUACCCUGACAUGGUCCAAGACAUCUCUGGGAGCCGCCUAUGUCCUCAUGUGGCUCCUGUACCUUGUCAAUGGCCUCCAGUCCUCCAUUACCAGCAAUCUCUCCGCCUACGUGACCAGCGGUUUUGAAUCCCACUCUUUGAUCCCCGUUAUCUCCAUCGUCUCCAGCGUGAUGUCGGCGGCAACCUAUAUGCCGCUGGCAAAAGUCUUGAAUCUCUGGGAUAGAUCUAUUGGUUUCGUAAUAAUGGUGGCAUUCGCCACACUGGGAUUGAUCUUGUCUGCGACAUGUCACGACAUUGGAACCUACUGCGCCGCACAGGUGUUCUACAGCAUCGGCUUCGCCGGUAUCAUUUUCAGUGUCGAUGUCAUUACAGCCGAUACAUCGACAUUGCGCGACCGAGGUCUCGCCUACGCCUUUACCUCCUCUCCCUAUAUCAUCACUGCGUUCGGUGGCCCUGCUGCUGCGGAGCACUUUUACGAUUCCAACUGGCGAUGGGCAUAUGGCUGUUUCUCUAUCGUUUUGCCCGUCGUUGCCCUGCCCAUGUUUUGCCUGUUGCGCUGGAACCGGCACAAGGCAAAGAAGAGCGGGCUUUUGAAAGUCAAGCCCGGCAGUGGCAGAACGUGGAUGGAGAGUAUCAGGCACUAUGUUAUUGAAUUUGACAUACUCGGUGUCUUCUUCCUAGCAGCCGGCCUUGUGCUUUCCCUCCUGCCGUUUUCCAUUGCCGGCUCCACCGAGGAUGACUGGAAGUCGGCCUCCAUCAUCACCAUGCUCGUGUUCGGUCUCCUCUGCCUCCUUGUCUUCGCUCUAGUCGAACGCUUUGUUGCACCUGUCCCCUUUCUCCCCUGGGCCCUUCUGGCCUCAAGGACAGUCCUCGGUGCCUGCAUGGUGGACGUCUGCUACCAGAUUGCAUACUACUGCUGGUUCAACUACUACACGUCAUACCUGCAGGUCGUCUACGGCACCAGCAUCACAACCGCAGGAUACAUCAGCAGCAUCUUCGACGUCGUCUCAGGAGUCUGGCUGUUCGUCGUGGGUUUCCUAAUCAAGAAAACGAACCGCUUCCGCUGGCUGCUCUUCAUCGCCGUCCCGCUCUACAUCCUCGGCGUCGGCCUGAUGAUCUACUUCCGCAGACCCAGCUGGUCCGUCGGGUACAUGAUAAUGUGCCAGAUCUUCAUCGCUUUCGCGGGCGGCACCAUGAUCAUCUGCCAGCAGGUCGCUGUGCUCGCGACGUCGGACCACGACCAUGCUGCUUCCUCACUUGCCUUCCUGAACGUAUUUGGCACGAUGGGCAGCGCCGUGGGGAGUAGUAUCUCCGGUGCGAUCUGGACGCACACCCUGCCUGGUGCGUUGCAGCGUCUGCUUCCCGAGUCGGCGAAGGCGGAUUGGGAGACGAUCUACGAUUCUCUGGAUGUGCAGCUCAGCUAUGAGAGGGGUACGCCGGUCCGCCAGGCCAUUGCGCUUGCUUAUACUAGUACGCAGAGCAAGAUGUUGAUUGCGGGAACGGCUAUCAUGGCGCUUUCGCUCAUUUGGAUGUUUGUUAUCCGGGAUAUCAAGCUUACCAAGACGCAAACCAAGGGAGUGUUGUUUUAG